CCCGGGCAAUUCAAUCUCAUAAUGAUUAUGUGCUCAUGCGGGAUUAAAAUUAUUUGCCAAUAAAAAUCUUGUUUAAUCGUAAUCAAAUUUUUGUUAAAGCUUUGCUUUUCUAGUGCCUUUUAUUUAUACUAAUUCAACUAUCGAAGAAUGACUAUUAAGGCUGUAAUAUUUGAUAUUGGUGGCGUUUGUGUAGGAUCACCAAUGGCUGGUAUUCGUAAAUAUGAGAUUCAAAAAGGAUUGCCAAGAAAUUAUAUCAAUGUGGCCAUUGUCAAUCAGGGUGAAAAUGGUGCCUUUCAGAAAUUGGAAAGAGGGGAAAUCAAACUUGAACAAUUUUACAAGGAUUUCAGCUCGCAAUUAUCAGAUCCAGCGAACAAAGAGCAUUAUAAGAAAUACAUUGCAAAUUUAAGAGGAGGAGGAGCUGUACCAGAAACUAUUCCAGAUGUUUUGGUGGAUGGUAAAGCGCUCUUUAUUACCAUGAUGUCAGAAACAGCCAAGUUAGAUCCCCAUAUAUACACUGCAAUUCAAAAACUCAAAGCUAGCAAUCAUUUCAAACUUGCUGCUUUGACAAACAAUUUUGAAUUGCCAGAGGACGAUCUCAGAGAAGCCGAAGCAUUAGGUGCAUCAGCAACAGAGAAGCUACGCAACUUAUUUGAUUACUUUAUCGAAUCGCGCUUGAUAGGUUUAAGAAAGCCUGAUCCAAAAAUAUAUCAAUAUGCCUGCAAUUUAAUUGGCAUUAAACCGGAGGAGGCGAUCUUUUUAGAUGAUAUUGGUAUGAAUUUACGAUCAGCUCAUUCUCUGGGAAUGAAAACAAUCCAGGUAAAAAUAGGUUAUUCACGGGAGGCAGUUCAGCAGUUGGAAAAGUUGACAGGUCUUGAUCUGCACAGCAGAAAACACGGCACCAAUCUCUAAAAGCUAAUGCAUGGAAACAAUGCAGCAUCAUACACCACAUGCACUUUACGUCCAAUCCUAAGUAUUUCAUCUGCCUUGAAUAAUGAUGGCUAUAGACAACGCACAUGAAAAAAUAGGAGUGAUUUAGUUACUACUAUCAACACAGGCAAACUUUUUUCUUCGUGUUUAUCCUGUAUAAAUAAAUGCACUUGCGUGGAGAGGGGAAAUAAAAAAAGAAAAGAAAAAAACU